AAAUGAGUUUGAAACAAGAAGAAGCAUCUUAAAGUAAUACUAUCUUUGAUUAUUUAGUUCGCAAAUCAUCCAGAUAAAAGAAAAUGACUGAGAACUUCAAAGAAAUGCUUUAAGAGAUUAAGGAACAAAAACCAUCCAUCAAGAAAUCAGAUUAAAAAUAAGAUAAGUUCUAAUAAAAGAAAGUUCAAGAAUAAAAGAAAGGUACCUUCUCUCUGCAUUUAUUAUUUAGUUUAUGAAUAUGGAUGUAUGACUGAAUGGAUGAAUUGCAUCUAUCCACAUGAUAAUGGAUAAAAAUUUGACUUACAAAUUUAAUUCUGCGUCUUAAAGCCAAAAAAAUCAAUUAUAGACUAAUCUAAGAAAGAAUAAUCUGAAGAAGGGGUAACUAUUCUAUUUUAUAUUAGAUAAUGUCUUUAAUUCAAAACUUAUUAACCAAUCUCAAUCAAAGUCAAGAACAAUUGAAAAGAUAGACUGAAAAAUAAAUAACAAAUGUUCAAACUACUAAUGAUGGCAUUGUCGUAUUCCAUCCCUACUUUAAGAAAAGUAAGUCAUCAUUUUCAUUCUAAUAGUUGAAUAUUAAAGUAACAAACCUUAAUAGAUUCAAUCCAUUGAACCAAACAAUGAGUUUGACUUACUUAAAUAAAAAUUUCAUACUAUCAAAAAGACAUUUAGACCAUUAAUACUCAUUUGA